CUCAGACUAUUGGAGUUAUACAGGAAAAGUUUGACACUCUUAUUAAUAAAUAAGCAGUGAGCUAAACAAUGCAAACACCUUUUUUUCUCAUCACCCCUCUAAACUGAAGACAUCAAAACUCAGGUUUCUGAAGCACAACUAGAAAGAUGAAGCUACUUGGUUGGAUGCACCGUAAAUUUCGGCAGAACAGUGGUGAACCGCUGAAAGAUUUUGCCAUUGGCCAACAACCGCUUGAUGAUCAGCAAUACAUCUCAAAGUCAAGCAUUAAACCUUUCAAGCAAUCCCAACGAGAACAGCACCUUCGAAAAUCUUUCGCUGGUCUAGAAUCAGAAGUGGGAGAUGAAGACUACGAAGAUGAAUCAUCUCAUCCAAUGUCUGAGAUCUUCCACGGAUUUCUUGCAAUUGGAACUCUAGGAUCUGAACAAGUCAUCAGUGACCCAAUGACACCAAAGUUUUCAAUUUCCGUUGAGAAUAUAACGGAAAAUGAAACUGAAGUAACAGAAAAUGAACUGAAGCUUAUAAAUGAUGAGUUGGAAAAAGUUCUAGGAGCUGAAACUAAGGAUGACGGAUACAAUGAUUCCUCUGGAAGAAACAGUUAUGUCAGCAUGGGAAGGAGCAGCCAUGGUAGCACCAUUACCCUCAGCGGCAAGCCAAUGGAUGGCCUAGAAAGCAAUUUGAGUGGGACCAUCAUCUGCCCACUUCAGGGAUAUCUUUUUGGGUCAGCAAUUGAAUUGUCAGAGACUACAACAACAGUGGCUAAAAAAGAAAACAGAACCUCCCUUGGCGAGCUGUUUCAGAGAAGCAAAAUAGCUGAAGAGAAUGCAGGUGCAAAAUUUGACAAGGAAGACAAACGAGCUGAAGAGGAUAUUGAAAAAUCUGCCAUGCACCUAAUGAAAAAGAAACUGAAGAAAAGAAUGUUGUCUGCUUCUUCCAGGAGCUCUGCUACAGCUGUUGAAGGCCUCAAUGAUUCAGCUUCAGCAGAAACAAAACUGCAUAAGAUUUUUCACAUGUUCCAUAGAAAAGUUCAUCCUGAAAGCUCAGCAAUCAUACAGAAGUCUGAUAAACACCCAAAGGUUCAGAAAAAGAAAAAAGCAAACCAUAACCAUGAUGGUUGCUGCAACAAUGGAGAGCAGACAUCUGAUGAGGAUAUCAUGAUAUAUCCCCAGAGAACACAGUCGAAACCAAGCUUUCAACGCGUCAAGAAUCAAUUUCCACCACAUUAUGGACUAAACAGUUCUGAUCCAAAUGACAACAAGGAACGCUGGAUUAAUUCAGAUGAAGACUAUCUAGUGCUGGAGCUUUGAGAGGUAGAAGAAGCAAAAUCCUUGUUCAUCAGUAGCCGAGUGUGUUGCAGUAUUGUCUACUCAUAUUGAUAUUGGUAAUUAUUGCUGAUAGUGUGCAAGUUACUACAAUCUGAACAGCGUUUGGGUGUGAAAAUAAGUAGAGGAUCUCCCUCUUCAAACACUCCCUUUGUAUGUUGUGUGUGAAAUGUAUUGUUGUCCCUAGAACACUUUAUGAUCAUAUUUGCUUACAAAUUCCACAAAAA